AUGUGGUGUUUCAGUAUAAUUAUUUUGAUAAUACUGGUCGCUUUAGUGUGUAACAAAAAAAGAUAUCACAAAUGCGAUUCACAAAGAAGACUCGACGGUAAGACUGCAUUGAUAACCGGCGGGACAGCGGGCAUGGGCCUGGAGAUCGCGACCGACUUGGCGGCCAGGGGGGCGCGGGUUGUCGUGGCCUGCCCCUUCGUGGAGGAGGGGCUACAUGCUGAGAAGACCAUCAUCGCUGCUACUGCCAACAAUAACGUCAAAUUCCUACUCCUCGACCUCGCCUCUUUGAAAUCGGUGAGAAGCUUUGCAGCAGAAAUCAACAAAUCAGAAAGCAGAUUGGAUAUCUUAGUAAACAACGCAGGAAUAGGCAAAGCUGCUGAGAAGUUGACUGAAGACGGCAUGAAUUUAGUUAUGCAAGUCAAUUACUAUGGACACUUUUUGCUCACCAUACUUCUCCUUCCACUUAUGAAAAAAACUGGAACUUCUGAAGACCCGGCACGAAUUAUCAACACGACGUCGAUGCUGCACUACUUUGGACAUUACAACGUUACAAGGCAAUCAGACAAAGAAUCCUUUCAAUUAAAGAAACAUUAUUACGGCACAAGUAAAUUAUGCACGGCGCUAUUUUCCCGCGAAUUAACUAGGAUAUUAGGCUCUUCGAAAGUCGUGGUCAACACCGUUGAUCCAGGAAUCGUCGGCACGGGAAUAUUUUACAGUCUGGGCGGCGUGGCGGGCUUACUCGCUAAGUUCUUAUUUUUGAGCAUUUUUAAAAGUCCAUGGGAAGGCGCUCAAACUGCUAUUUAUUUAGCAGUCGACGAAGAGGCAGGGAAAGUGAGUGGGAAACUGUUUAGAAACGGUGAAGUAGUGAGAAACUCCGCGGCCAUCGCUAACAGUGAAACAGCAAAACAGCUAUGGGAUGACUCAGUGAGAAUGGUAAAAUUAUCUGACUCAGAGAUGCUGGAAUGGCUUUCGUAAAUAUAUUUUCAAUUUACGUGCACGGAAUCUGUGUUUUAUAAGCAGCUAAGCUAGAUACAGUUAAACUGGUCUAUGUAAAAGUACUAGUAAGAAUACUUAUUAAAGGCACUACUCCAUCGCUGCGGUUAUGCUAUGCACUUGUGGAUUUACUUUCGUAGACAAGAAUCUACAAACGACGUACUUAUUGGGCGAUUAAGGAAAUGCAUGUAAAUUCUAGUGGAACAGGCCCUUAAAUAGAUAUAUCAGUAUUACGUUUCCUAAGAAAUCCAUAUUUACAUAAAUACUUAUAUAAAAAUAUGUCGUGUACCUUUUUUACACUGUACAAAUGAGAGCAAAAACUGGAAAAACAGCCGAAUAUAAUCGAUAUAUAUAUAAUCAUUAUAAUCGAAAUUUAUCAAAAGUACAUUAAAUCGCCAGGACAUUUAUCCACUGCUUCUGUAUACAUUACAUUUCAUUGCGAUAAAUAAAAUUUCAUACAAAAUAAGCAAUGUAUGCAUCUGUCUGAGUUCGCCAAAAGUGUUGAUCUAUGGUAUAACAACUGUCUGUGUAUAACAACAAGAAAUAGGUUAGGACUUGAAAAUAAUUCAGAUUAUAAAAAAAAAACUUUAUAUUACAAGAAAAAAAAUAUAAAUUUUAAUCACAGAUACAAUAUUUUAACAAUAUUUACUGUAACAAUGGAGCACCAUAUUGCAUAAUACAUUGGUAUUUCAAUAGUAUUUGAAACCCUAUGAAAAGAUGGCCUACAGUCCCUAAAAGUAUAUGUAUACGCAAACAAUGUGAAAUUCAUAUACUUAAGAAAUAAAAUAAUAUAAUUGCA